AUGAUCUUCGGCCUGUACAAUUUCUCUGUUCCUGGGAGUCGCAGCCUAGAUGUUUCUCAAGCGCGGCUGCUUUGCCGUAGUUCGUAGGAAAUCGUCCGCCUCAAAAAAGCGUUUGGCAAGUCGAGCCGAGUUUACAACGGACUGCCGUUGAGCCGCCUACCCACAGAGCUACGGUGUAUUUCGAGGCUAUCCGCCCUGCUAACAAGUUACAGCGAAAUCCAGAGCCACGCCUUUCAGCUCAUGCUUGUUCGCUAGAUGUUCAUUGCCAGCUUCUCUCGAGCCAGACUACCAGUCAGGAGCUCACAUCUUCCCCUACUUCCAGUGCCACUCAUUCGAAACCUAUUUUGAGAUUUUCGAUACUGAUACUCAAAUGUUCUUCUUGAAACUUUAUAACAAAAUUUUCGAAGUUGUUUGAAUAACGCUUGACUUUCUUGUAUUGAAAUUCAAUCGUUCGACUCUUUACAUCGUUUGCUUUCCAUAAAAUACAAGCGUUUUUUAAAGCUUCUAAUUUUCAGCGUGCAUCAUGUCCGACGAGGAGGAAGUGCUGUGAGUGUCUUAUUCUCUUUUCAUUCAACUUGAAAUUAAGUUGACUUGGGAAAGACUCCGCCAAAAAUUAAUUUCUAUCCGAGGCGACAAAUUUUAGUGUAACAAGGGUUCUUCGGUUGUUUUCGAAUCAUUUUUGCGCCACAUGCCACGUUCUCGGCUGUCACUCUGCUCUCAGCGGCAGGAGACUUGAAAACCAAACGAAUUGCAGCUCCGGUGAGGAGGAGGAGGAAGUGGAAGAGUCGCAGGCCGACGAACCCGAAGAGGACGCCGAGGAGGCUGAGGAAGAUGCCGAAGAAGCCGAGCCAGAACCUGAAGCGGCUCCCCCAGUUGAGGAAAAGUAUGAGAUUCAAAUCUUACAGAGCAAAAAUAAUUUUCCUUAGGCCUAAACCACGUCCGCCUCCAAUCCAGGAAGAAAAGCCUGUCGCGGAAAUGACCGAAGCUGAAGCUGCUAUGCUGGUGAGUCGAACUGAAAAGUGGAAACAGAUUGCACGACUUCCAGUUCAAAACACAUGUUAAAGAAAAAAAGCAGCGAUGGCCAAAAUAAUGAAGCAGUAGUAUAUUUUUUUAGAAAAAAAAAAAUUAAACCAUUCUUCUUGGACUUCAAUUUUCAACAGAAAAAUAUUGACAGCAAGUUUUCAGGCUGCUAAAAAACGCCACGAGGAAGAAGAAGCCGCCAAGCUUCUUGACUACGAACAGCGUCGUGUGCUGGAAAAAGAACGCAUCGAUGAGGAACUUCGUGAGCUCAAGGAGAAGCAGGAGAAACGCCGCGCUGAACGCGAAGAUGACGAGCGUCAGUUUGCUGAACGGCGCCGUCAGGAUGAAGAGCGCCGUCGCAAGGAAGAAGUAAUUAUUCUUUUUUUGCUUCAUUUGUUGACCAAACCUGAGCAGGGUCAAAUGUGGUAAACGUCAAAUUCAAAAUCUAGGAAGAACGCAAGAGCAAGGCUGACGCCGAGAAGGCGCGCAAAAACGAGGAGAAAUCUCGUCGUCAACAGAUGAUGGCCGGUUCUUUUGCUGGUGCUGCUGCUGGCGCUCCUGGAGGAAAGAACUUCACCAUCCAGAAGGGCGACAAGGCCGCUCAACUGGGAAACUUGGCCGGUGUACGUUUUCUUUUUUUGUGAUGUUCUUCAAGAUAUACUAAAUCACUACAAAUGAAAUUCAAAAUUUGUAGGGAGCUAAGCCUGAAGUAGCCACCAAGGAGCAGCAAGACGACAAUAAGAGGGCUUUCCUGGCUGCCGUCUGCCGACCAGUCGACGUUUCUGGCCUUAUGCCCAACGACUUGAAGGAACAAAUCAAGCGCCUUCACCAGCGCAUCGUCAAGAUCGAAGGCGAGAAGUACGAUUUGGAGAAACGCCGUGAGCGUCAGGAGUACGACGUGAGUUUUGAGCCUGUAGAAACUUUCCUCCAUUAUCGAAAACCACAUAAUGGGAAAUAUUGAUCGAUGAUUACAGUUGAAAGAGUUGAGCGAGCGUCAGCGCCAAGUUGCUCGCAACAAGGCCCUCAAAAAGGGACUCGACCCAGAAGAAGCCGCUUCUUCUGUUCAUCCUCCGAAGAUCACGACGGCUUCCAAAUUCGACCGUCAGAUCGAUCGACGAUCCUACGGUGACCGCCGUUACCUCUUCGAGUCUCCCAUCGUCAAGAAACCCCCAAGCAUUGCUCGUGGAUCUGGCCGUCCGCCAACAGAAUGGGGACGCAAGGAAAACGAGGAGCUUGAACAGCUCCGCAAGAACCUCGAGCCUCCGAAGUACGUCGAGCAGGUCAAGGCUGAGGGAGAUGCUGCGCGGCCGCCGAUGGCUCCAAUCCCCUUGGUCCUCCCGGAAAAAGACGAGAUGGACGAGGUGCCGCAACAACAGCAGGAAGAAGUCCGUUUCUUUUCUUUCGAGUCACAGCUUCUUAGCUUCCUAGAUUAAUUUAUCAUUUUUCCAGCAAAGCGAAGCCCCUGUUCCUGACAGCGAAAACGCUGCUGAGGAAGUUGCUGCUGCUUAA